GCCGCUGUAAGCAGGGCCUGUGGGAGGGAGACUGGGGGGCGGCGGGGAGGGGGUGCACUUAGGCAACGUGUGUGCACACGCGUGUGUAUGCAGGUGUGUGCAGGAGCCGGGGACGCGCAGGGCCUCUGGGAGAACUGAGGGCAGAGGGAGGAGCACUGUUUCUAAGGGGGACACAUCACAGGAGACUGGGUCUGGAUUUGGGGGAGACCCAGGGCUUGCGGAGUUUCCUUCUCAGGGGCUUGGGCUGGGGGUACAGGACGUGUGUGGUCCAGGCAUCCCCAAAACAGACAAGUUUCCACCUCCCCAGCUGUGGGGUCCCAGCAAAGGGCAAGCAUCUCCUUCCAGCCUGCAGUUAGGGGCUCAUCAUUUUCCACAGAUAAGGGGUGAUGAGGCUGCCCGCGGGAGCAUAUUUUAAGUUCUGAGAGCUCCAGGCCCCGCUAGUACUCUCCCUUUCCUCAAUCCUCACUGCAGUUUAUUUAAGCCUAAAUUGGAGGGGCGAUGAGGGUCCCAGGUUGGGGCAGAGAAGGAGGGACCCCACCCCCAACCCAACCACCUGGGAAGACCCCAAACUACAACUCCCACGAUGCCCCGGGCCAUCCGGCUCCUCUGCCAAGAAGCCCCUGGUUGCAGAGCAUUAUGGGAGUUGCAGUCCAAGACUAGCCGGGUAGGACGGUCCUGGAGUCCCGGAGCCAGGGACUUGAAGCCGGGACCCCAACCCAGCCCUAUGCCCAUAGAUGGAUUCGCCCUGGGCCGGGCCACUCUGGCUCCUCCGUACGCUGUGGUCCUCAUUUCCUGCUCUGGCCUGCUGGCUUUUAUCUUCCUCCUCCUCACCUGUCUGUGCUGCAAACGGGGAGAUGUCGGCUUCAAGGAAUUUGAGAACCCUGAAGGGGAGGACUGUUCCGGGGAGUACACUCCUCCGGCGGAGGAGACCUCCUCCUCACAGUCUCUUCCUGACGUCUACAUUCUCCCGCUGGCUGAGGUCUCCCUGCCCAUGCCUGCCCCACAGCCUUCACAUUCAGACAUGACCACCCCCCUGGGCCUUAGCCGCCAGCAUCUCAGCUACCUACAAGAGAUUGGGAGCGGCUGGUUUGGGAAGGUGAGUGGUGCUGGGGGUGGGGCGAGGGGGUCCCUACAAUCCAGGACUGUGCUCCUGUUCUGUGUCCAUCCCCCCUGCUGUCACCACUUCUCAUCUGCCCCUCCACUCCUUCCCCUGCCUGCCUCCGCCAACCCAUCCCCUGCACCUUUACCUCUCACCCGCUCCCCGCCCCCUCCCCCCACAUCUGUCGGUCAGCGCCUCCCUCCUCACUCCAUCGACCACUUCGCCUCGCCACCCGGCUCUUCACUCGUCCGUCUGUCCAUCCUUCCAUCCGUCCCUGCGUCCAUCGGACUCUGGGCCUGUGAGUCUCCCCCCACAUGCCGUGGGGGGCGAGGGUGGUGGGAUAGGAAGCGGGACUGGAAAGGAGGGGCAAGUUGGGAAGUGUGCGGUAGGGUGGAGCUGGUCCGGGAAAUGGGGCUGGGAAAAGGGCGCGGAGUGACUUUCUGCAUCCCCCUCAACCAGGUGAUCCUGGGGGAGAUUUUCUCCGACUACACCCCAGCCCAGGUGGUGGUGAAGGAGCUCCGAGCCAGCGCGGGGCCCCUGGAGCAGCGCAAGUUCAUCUCGGAAGCCCAGCCUUACAGAAGCCUGCAGCACCCCAACAUCCUCCAGUGCCUGGGCCUGUGUGUGGAGACAUUGCCCUUUCUGCUGAUCAUGGAGUUCUGUCAGCUGGGGGACCUAAAGCGUUACCUGCGGGCCCAGCGACCCCCCGAGGGCCUGUCCCCUGAGCUGCCCCCUCGAGAUCUGCGGACACUGCAAAGGAUGGGCCUGGAGAUCGCCCGUGGACUGGCGCACCUGCACUCCCACAACUACGUGCACAGCGACCUGGCCCUUCGCAACUGCCUGCUGACCUCCGACCUCACCGUUCGCAUCGGAGACUACGGGCUCGCCCACAGCAACUACAAGGAGGACUACUACCUGACCCCAGAGCGCCUGUGGAUCCCACUGCGCUGGGCGGCGCCCGAACUCCUCGGAGAGCUGCACGGGACCUUCAUGGUUGUGGACCAGAGCCGCGAGAGCAACAUCUGGUCCCUGGGGGUGACCCUGUGGGAGCUGUUUGAGUUCGGAGCACAGCCCUACCGCCACCUAUCGGAUGAGGAGGUCCUCGCCUUUGUGGUUCGCCAGCAGCACGUCAAGCUGGCGCGGCCGCGCCUCAAGCUGCCCUACGCAGACUACUGGUAUGACAUCCUGCAGUCCUGCUGGCGGCCACCUGCCCAGCGCCCCUCAGCCUCUGACCUCCAACUGCAGCUCACCUACCUGCUCUCGGAGCGGCCCCCGCGGCCUCCCCCACCCCCACCCCCACCCCGAGAUGGCCCUUUCCCCUGGCCCUGGCCUCCAACACAUACUGCACCCCGUUCAGGGACCCUGUCCUCGCCCUUCCCCCUUCUGGAUGGCUUCCCAGGGGCUGACCCCGACGACGUGCUCACAGUCACCGAGAGCAGCCGUGGCCUCAACCUUGAGUGCCUGUGGGAGAAGGCGCGGCGAGGGGCAGGCCGGGGUGGGGGGGCCCCCCCCUGGCAACCAGCAUCUGCACCCCCGGCACCCCACACCAACCCCUCAAACCCCUUCUACGAGGCUCUGUCCACGCCUAGUGUGCUGCCGGUCAUCAGUGCACGAAGCCCCUCUGUAGGCAGCGAAUACUACAUCCGCCUGGAGGAGCACGGCUCCCCGCCUGAACCCCUCUUCCCCAAUGACUGGGACCCCCUGGACCCGGGAGUAUCCGCCCCCCAGCCCCCUCAGGCCCCCUCCGAAGUCCCCCAGCUGGUGUCCGAGACCUGGGCCUCGCCCCUCUUCCCAGCACCCCGGUCCUUCCCGGCCCAGGCCUCUGCCUCAGGUGGCUUCCUCCUGAGCGGCUGGGACCCCGAGGGCCGGGGUGCCGGGGAGACCCUGGCUGGAGACCCUGCCGAGGUGCUGGGGGAGCGGGGGGCUGCCCCGUGGGCCGAGGAAGAGGAGGAGGAGGAGGGCAGCUCCCCGGGGGAAGACAGCAGCAGCCUUGGGGGAGGCCCCAGUCGGCGGGGUACCCUCCCCUGCCCCCUGUGCAGCCGCGAAGGGGCCUGCUCCUGCCUGCCGCUGGAGCGGGGGGAUGCUGUUGCCGGCUGGGGGGGCCACCCUGCUCUUGGCUGUCCCCACCCCCCAGAAGACGACUCAUCCCUGCGAGCAGAACGGGGUUCCCUGGCCGACCUGCCCCUGGCCCCCCCUGCUUCGGCCCCCUCCGAGUUUUUGGACCCCCUUAUGGGGGCGGCGGCACCCCAGUACCCCGGGCGGGGGCCACCACCCGCUCCCCCCCCCCCGCCGCCACCUCCCCGGGCCCCCGCGGACCCCGCCGCGUCCCCCGACCCCCCAUCGGUCGUGGCCAGUCCCGGCUCAGGCCUGUCCUCUCCGGGCCCCAAGCCGGGGGACAGCGGCUACGAGACCGAGACCCCUUUUUCCCCCGAGGGAGCCUUCCCAGCCGGGGGGGCAGCCGAGGAGGAAGGGGUCCCUCGGCCACGGGCUCCCCCCGAGCCCCCCGACCCAGGAGCGCCCCGGCCACCCCCAGACCCGGGUCCCCUCGCACUCCUGGGGACCCGGGAGAAGCCAACCUUCAUGGUUCAAGUGAGCACCGAGCAGCUGCUGAUGUCCCUGCGGGAGGACGUGACAAGGAACCUCCUAGGGGAGAAGGGGGUGUCUCCCCAGGAGCCAGGGCCCAGGAAGCCGGGGAAAGGCACCGGGAACAGAGAGACAGCCCCGGGCCCAACAGUCCCAGGCAGCGACCAGAAAGCCCCAAGCCCAAACGAGGACCUGAGCCUUCCUGUGAACGGGGUGACAGUGUUGGAGAACGGGGGCCAGAAAGCCCCAGGCAUCGAGGAGACAGCAGUGGAGAAUGGGGGCCCGGGGUCCCCCGAGAGAGAAGACAAAGUGUUGGCGAAUGGGGAGCUGCCACCCCCAAGGAGGGAGAAGGAGUUAGAGAAUGGGGAGCUGAAAUGCCCAGAGGCCAUGGAGAAAGUGCUGGUGAAUGGGGGGCUGACACCCCCAAAGAGCGAGGAGAAGGUGGCAGAGAAUGGGGGCCUGAGCCUCCCCAGGAAGGCGGAGAGGCCACCAGAGACUGGGCCUUGGAGAGCCCCAGGGCCCUGGGAGAAGAUGGCCGAGAGUGGGGGUCCAGCCCCCACGAUAGGGGAGCCAGCCCCCGAGAUCUCGCUGGAGAGAGCCCCCGAGUCCCACGCAGCAGUGGCCUCGCCCCUGAAAGGCUGGGAGACAGCGCCUGGCCCCAUUGGCCCAGCCCCCAGGAGCGGGGCACCGGACCCCGGGACCCAGAGGAGAGCCCCAGAGACUGGGAGGGCGCUGAGAGCCCCCGGGGCUGGGAAGCUGGACCCCGGGAGUGGGGGCCAAGCCCCGGGGGACAUGGGGACGGCCCACGGCGGCGGCCCCGGAAGCGGCGUGGACGCAAAGGCCGGGUGGGCAGACAGCAUGAGGCCGCAGCCUCCGCCACCACCGGAGGUCCAACCGAGGAGGCCGGAGCCAGUGCCCCCGAGAGCCAAGCCGGAGGCGGCCCCCGAGGGAGACCCCGGGGCCCCAGACAGCAGGGCCGGCGGAGACACGGCACCCAGCGGAGACGGGGACCCCCUCAAGCCCGAGAGGAAGGGCCCAGAGAUGCCACGACUGUUCUUGGACUUGGGACCUCCCCAGGGGAACAGCGAGCAGAUCAAAGCCAAGCUCUCCCGGCUCUCGCUGGCGCUGCCGCCGCUCACGCUCACGCCAUUCCCGGGACCGGGCCCCCGGCGGGCCCCGUGGGAGGGCACGGACGCCGGGGCGGCUGGCGGGGAGGCCGGCGGGGCGGGGGCGCCGGGGCCGGCGGAGGAGGACGGGGAGGACGAGGACGAGGAGGACGAGGCGGCGGGCGCGGCGGAGCCGCGGGGCCCCGGGAGAGCACGGGCAGCCCCGGUGCCCGUCGUGGUGAGCAGCGCCGACGCGGACGCGGCCCGCCCGCUGCGGGGGCUGCUCAAGUCUCCGCGCGGGGCCGACGAGCCCGAGGACAGCGAGCUGGAGAGGAAGCGCAAGAUGGUCUCCUUCCACGGGGACGUGACCGUCUACCUCUUCGACCAGGAGACGCCAACCAACGAGCUGAGCGUCCAGGGCCCCCCCGAGGGGGACACGGACCCAUCAACGCCCCCAGCGCCCCCGACGCCUCCCCACCCCACCACCCCCGGAGAUGGGUUUCCCAGCAACGACACCGGCUUUGGAGGCAGUUUCGAGUGGGCGGAGGAUUUCCCCCUCCUCCCCCCGCCAGGCCCCCCCCUGUGCUUCUCCCGCUUCUCCGUCUCGCCUGCGCUGGAGACCCCGGGGCCCCCCUCCCGGGCCCCAGACGCCCGACCCGCAGGUACCUUGCCUCAGACCCUCAGACCCGCCCCCACCUCGGUCCCUCCCUCUAUUUCUCCAACUCUCUGCCCCAUCUCUCUCUCUCUCCAUCUGCCUCUCCUCCACUCUCUGUCCCUAUCUCAGAAUGUCCCUGCCUCUCGUGGUCUCUCGCUCCGCCCCCUCCCCUUCUCUCUGUGGGACCUCAUCCAGCUCCGGGACCAGCACCCGACCAGGCGGUAUUCAUCAGAUGGUCUUGGUUCUGCCCAUCCCUUAGCCUCAGUUUCCCCUUCUGUAAGGAUUCCCUCUGAGGCUUCUCCCAGCCCUGCCCGUCUUUGGCCCAGACUUUUGCCUGGCACUGGCCAGGGUCCUGACCCUACUGGAAUUUGGGGGGAACAUUGAUCAGGGGCAGACUAGGCUCAGGGAGAAGACACCAGUGUGGGCAAAGCUAGUUAGUAUGAAACAGAGCUGAGAGGACACAGCCAGUGAAUCUGAUAAUAACAACAACUACACUACAAGUAAUAAUGAUCGAAAGCACGUACCUAGACCUUAUAAUGUGCUUGACACAACUUUAAUCCAUUUAAUCCUAUGAUCCUAUGGGAAACCUUGGCGUAGUGGUUAAGUACAGCAGCUGCUUACCAAAGGUUGGCAGUUCAAAUCCACCAGGAGUUCCUUGGAAACUCUAUGGGGCAAUUCUUCUCUGUCUUGUAGGGUCGCUAUGAGUCGGAAUUGACUCAAGGGCAGCAGGUUUGGUUGUUUGGUUUUUAUGAUCCCAUAAAGGAGCCUUGGUACCAAAGUAGUUAAGCAUUUGGCUGCUAAUUGAAAAGUUGGUGGUGCCAACCCAGCAGCUGGAAAAAUGUGGCAGUCUGCUUCCAUAAAAAGAUUACAGCCUUGGAAACCCUAUGGGCAGUUCUAUCCUGUCCUACAGGGUCGCUGUGAGUCAGGAUGGACUUGAAGGCAACGGGUUUGGUUUUAUAACAACAAUGAUCCCAUGGGGUGGGUUCUGGUCUCAUCCCCAUUUUACAAAAGAGAAACUGAGGCACAGAGAGGUCACACAGCAGGGAGUAAGGAGCCAGAAUUCACACCGGGGCCUCCCAAGCUGUGAAGCCGUGUCUUCUUCAUGAGUCACCAUUUGUCAGCCUCCUUUCCUGUGGAGUUUCAUGUACAAGUAUCGCUAAUCCUCACGGCCACCUGGGGAGAAGAUCACAUCACUGGCAUUUUCUGACUGUACCAGAAGCCAGAGAGGGGACAGUCCAGCAAGCCUUCCGCGGCAGGACGGAAAGCUGAAGAGCUGGGACAGCCCAGCUCCCACCGUGCUCUCUGCUUCCCCCUGCUGGCCAUUCAGGGAACACCGU